UAUUGUUAUAUUCCCAAGCUCAUAUUGCAGCGCAUGUUUUGUUUUCUCUGAGUUGCAGCUGCCGCACGUUUGAUGUAGGGUUAGCUCAUGCAGCUAACACUAGCCAAGCGCUUACAGCAUCGCGUUCAUUUGGUAUCCUGUGAAAUAUUAUGAACCUUUUAUGUCUCCAGUUUGUACGUUCAAAUGUACGAUAAUAGAAUAACAAGGAACGAUGAUUCUAAGCUUUCAAAUCCUAAUGCAGUGGUUACUAAGUUGUGACCGUAAGAUAACGUGCCAAGUUAAGGCAAUGGAUCAGAACAACAGCAUACCAGCCUUUCAGGGCCUGGCCUCCCCUCAGGGUGCCAUGACGCCGGGUAUGCCGAUGUUCAGUCCCAUGAUGCCAUACGGUUCUGGCCUGACACCUCAGCCUGUGCAGAACACAAACAGUUUAUCUAUACUGGAAGAACAGCAGAGACAGCAACAGGCGGCGCAACAAGCACAGCAGUGUAAUGCAGGUCUUCCUGGAACAUCGGGGCAGACUCCUCAGCUCUUCCAUUCCCAGGGAGUCACAGGUUCAACCACCACAGCGCUGCCAGGGAACACUCCGAUGUACAACACCCCACUGACCCCCAUGACCCCCAUCACACCAGCCACGCCAGCCUCAGAGAGCUCGGGAAUAGUGCCACAGUUACAAAACAUUGUGUCGACAGUGAAUCUUGGCUGUAAACUGGACUUGAAGACCAUCGCACUAAGAGCCAGGAAUGCUGAGUAUAACCCAAAGCGUUUUGCUGCAGUUAUCAUGAGAAUACGAGAACCCAGAACCACAGCUCUUAUUUUCAGCUCUGGGAAAAUGGUCUGCACAGGGGCAAAGAGCGAGGAGCAGUCGAGGUUAGCGGCCAGGAAAUACGCUCGUGUCGUGCAAAAGCUGGGUUUUCCUGCAAAGUUUUUGGACUUCAAGAUUCAGAAUAUGGUGGGCAGCUGUGACGUGAAGUUCCCCAUUCGUCUGGAGGGUUUAGUACUCACACAUCAACAGUUUAGCAGUUAUGAACCGGAGCUGUUUCCAGGAUUGAUUUAUAGAAUGAUCAAACCCAGAAUUGUCUUGCUCAUCUUUGUUUCCGGGAAGGUCGUACUAACAGGUGCAAAGGUGAGAGGUGAAAUCUAUGAAGCGUUUGAAAACAUCUACCCUAUCCUAAAAGGUUUCCGCAAGACCACGUAGAAUUAGCUUCCCCCCCCCCCCCAACUGUGACUUUUUUUGUGUUUAAUUAGUUUUUUUUAAUGUUUCCCUACAUCUUACAUUGCCCUCUACAGGUUAACUGCUAGAAGGGCAGUAAAUGUUUUUUUUUUUAAUCCCUGAUCAACAUGGCUUAUUUUAAUUUUUUUGUUCAUACUCUUGUACAUAAAUUUAAAAGGAAAAGCCAUGCAACAGUCAUGACUUUUUUUAAAUUGUGUUCAAUUUUAAAUAGUUUUAUACAUUUGUAUCAAUGUCUGCUUGUUUUUUUUUUCCGCUCUUUUUUUUUUUUACUGCAAUUUAGACUAAACAAUUCAACUGGCAAUUGUGUUUCAAUUAAGUUUUCAGUUUGGUAUAGUCAUUGAUACCCAGUUUUGGAGGCUCCAUUUCACAAGUUACAAUUUAAUGGAAGACUUCCGGACGGCUUCGAAGCAAUUCUGGACCACCAUCCGCCGCCUCAGGAAGGGGAAGCAGUGCAGUGUCAACACCGUGUAUGGUGGGGAUGGUGCUCUGCUAACCUCGACUGCGGAUGUUGUGGAUCGGUGGAGGGAAUACUUCGAAGACCUCCUCAAUCCUACCAGCACGUCUUCCUAUGAGGAAGCAGGGCCUGGGGAAUCUGUGGUGGGCUCUCCUAUUUCUGGGGCUGAGGUUGCCGAGGUUGUUAAAAAGCUCCUCGGUGGCAAGGCCCCGGGGGUGGAUGAGAUCCGCCCGGAGUUCCUUAAGGCUCUGGAUGUUGUGGGGCUGUCUUGGUUGACAAGACUCUGCAACAUCGCGUGGACAUCGGGGGCGGUACCUCUGGAUUGGCAGACCGGGGUGGUGGUUCCUCUCUUUAAGAAGGGGAACCGGAGGGUGUGUUCCAACUAUCGUGGGAUCACACUCCUCAGCCUUCCCGGUAAGGUCUAUUCAGGUGUACUGGAGAGGAGGCUACGCCGGAUAGUCGAACCUCGGAUUCAGGAGGAACAGUGGUUUUCGUCCUGGUCGUGGAACUGUGGACCAGCUCUAUACUCUCGGCAGGGUCAUUGAGGGUGCAUGGGAGUUUGCCCAACCAGUCCACAUGUGCUUUGUGGACUUGGAGAAGGCAUUCGACCGUGUACCCCGGGAAGUCCUGUGGGGAGUGCUCAGAGAGUAUGGGGUAACGGACUGUCUUAUUGUGGCAGUUUGCUCCCUGUAUAAUCAGUGCCAGAGCUUGGUCCGCAUUGCCGGCAGUAAGUCGGACACGUUUCCAGUGAGGGUUGGACUCCGCCAAGGCUGCCCUUUGUCACCGAUUCUGUUCAUAACCUUUAUGGACAGAAUUUCUAGACGCAGUCAGGGCGUUGAGGGGAUCUGGUUUGGUGGCUGCAGGAUUAGGUCUCUGCUAUUUGCAGAUGAUGUGGUCCUGAUGGCUUCCUCUGGUCAAGUUCUUCAGCUCUCGCUGGAUCGGUUCGCAGCCGAGUGUGAAGCGACUGGGAUGGGAAUCAGCACCUCCAAGUCCGAGUCCAUGGUUCUCUCCCGGAAAAGGGUGAAGUGCCAUCUCCGGGUUGGGGAGGAGAUCUUGCCCCAAGUGGAGGAGUUCAAGUACCUCGGAGUCUUGUUCACGAGUGGGGGAAGAGUGGAUCGUGAGAUCGACAGGCGGAUCGGUGCGGCAUCUUCAGUAAUGCGGACGCUGUAUCGAUCCGUUGUGGUGAAGAAGGAGCUGAGCCGGAAGGCAAAGCUCUCGAUUUACCGGUCGAUCUACGUUCCCAUCCUCACCUAUGGUCAUGAGCUUUGGAUCAUGACCGAAAGGACAAGAUCACGGGUACAAGCGGCCGAAAUGAGUUUCCUCCGCCGAGUGGCGGGGCUCUCCCUUAGAGAUAGGGUGAGAAGCUCUGUCAUUCGGGGGGAGCUCAAAGUAAAGCCGCUGCUCCUCCACAUCGAGAGGAGCCAGAUGAGGUGGUUCGGGCAUCUGGUCAGGAUGCCACCCGAACGCCUCCCUAGGAAGGUGUUUCGGGCACGUCCGACCGGUAGGAGGCCACGGGGAGGACCCAGGACACGCUGGGAAGACUAUCUCUCCCGGCUGGCCUGGGAACGCCUCGGGAUCCCCCGGGAGGAGCUGGACGAAGUGGCUGGGGAGAGGGAAGUCUGGGCUUCCCUGCUUAAGCUGCUGCCCCCGCGACCCGACCUCGGAUAAGCGGAAGAAGAUGGAUGGAUGGACAAUUUAAUGGUUAAACUUUUGUUUGAAUGUAAAGGUGAUGAUGCACAGGACCUCUUCUUUCACCCUCACCUAUUUGUUUUUGUCCAUUUUAUGAAGCGUUAAGUCACCGCCAUCUGCAAAUAACACAUUUUUAUACAUUGAAUUGCGUACUUGCACUUGGCCUGAUAAUGUUCUCUAAACUCUUAAGCACGUACAGUACAUUGUUUUUAAAUGCCACAAUUUUUUCAAAAGCAGUUGAAUGUUUUCAUAUCCAAAAUGCUAUUGUCAAUGGUUACCACUGUGCAUCAAUAAAUCUGUACAUACCAA